AUGUCCUUACAUAGAGAUAAAGUUGAUUUAGCUCAAUUGCCUCACCAUUAUGAUGGAAAGGUUACUUUGGCUGUUAUCGGUGGUACUGGUUUAUACGAUUUACCAAACUUAAACCCAGUGGCAAGAUUAACUAUUUCAACACCUUGGGGUUUUCCAUCUUCACCAAUUACUAUUUCAGUUACUGAUUCAGGUUUCCCAGUGGCAUUUUUAGCCAGACAUGGUCAACAUCAUGAUUUAUUACCAUCUGAUGUUCCAUCUAGAGCUAAUAUUGCAGCUUUAAAACAUAUUGGUGUUAAAGCCAUUGUUGCCUUUUCUGCCGUUGGAUCUUUACAACCUGAAAUCAAACCAAGAGAUUUUGUGGUUCCAACUCAAAUCAUUGAUAGAACUAAAGGCAUUAGACCUUCUACUUUUUUUGAAAAAGGUUUUGUUGCUCAUGCUAUGUUUGGUGAACCAUUUGAUCUUAAAUUAAAUAAAUUAAUUAGUGAUCAUAUUCCAACCCAUGGAUUCUUAGAAGGAUUUGAUUUAGAACAUACUCCAACUUUCCAUACUAAGGAAAACACCAAUAAAGGUGAAGAUUUAACUGUUAUUUGUAUGGAAGGUCCUCAAUUCAGUACUAGAGCUGAAUCAAGACUUUAUAGAACUUGGGGUGGAUCAGUUAUCAAUAUGUCUGUUUUACCAGAAGGUAAAUUAGCUAGAGAGGCUGAAAUCGCUUAUCAAAUGAUUUGUAUGUCUACUGAUUAUGAUUCAUGGAAUGAAAAUGAAGAACCAGUCACUGUUGAAACUGUGGUUGGUAACUUGAAAGCUAAUUCUGCUAAUGCUGCUAAAUUAGCUGCUAAGUUAAUCGAUGUUAUUGCUGAUGAGUUUGCUAAAGGUACUGGUUUAGGUGAUGAUUUGACUGGAUCAAUGAAAUUCUCCGUUAGUACUAGUCCACAUGGUGUCAAAAAGGAAUUGUUAGAAAAGAUGCAUUUCCUUCACCCAGGUUACUGGCCAGUUCAUUAA